CUAGCCCAGCUACCGCUAGCUAUCUAUCUAGCUUCAAAUGUGUUUACUUAUGUCAGCUGUACUGCCCAAUGUUUACACAACCAACUAGAUUAUAGCUAUUAUUAUUGUUAUGCUAACCGUUUACACUCCUGGACUAUAGAAGGCUGGAACAAUGUCAAGCAAAGAAGUGAAAUCGGAGCUGAAAAGUGCCAGAGAAGCUAUUAAGAACAAGGAGUUCAAAGAGGCACUAAAACACUGCAAGGCUGUGCUGAAGCUGGAGAAGAACAACUACAAUGCCUGGGUGUUUAUCGGAGUGGCAGCGAGCGAGUUGGAGCAGCCAGACCAGGCGCAGACUGCCUACAGGAAGGCAGCGGAGCUUGAGCCUGAGCAACUACUGGCCUGGCAGGGGUUAGCUAACUUGUAUGAGAAAACGGAGCAGAUAGACUUUAAAGCAGAGCUGCCCCAGGUCUACCAGAAACUCGUACAGCUGUAUGAAAGUUCAGACAAGACCAAAUGUUACGAGGCCAUCCAAAAACUGUCAGACAUCUACCACGCCCAGAAGAACUAUUUACAGGUGGCCACGUUGUGGCAGCGUCUGAUCCAACUGAAGGAGGGAGAAGCUGUGGAGAAGGUCGAGGUCCUAGGGCUCCUGCGCCGGAUGAGCCUCCUACUGUCCGACAGCGUGGAGGAACAGGACAAUGAGACACAGCAGCAUUUAAUCGCGGCCUUGGAAAAAGCCAUGGCACUCACUGACGGUGUUCCUGGUGAGGAACAUCAGAAGCUCUCAGCCGACUACAUCAGAUGCCUCUCCAAGCUCUCCCAUGAAGAAGCCAAGAUGAAGGAAGCCUGCGAGUCCAUGUCGUCCCUCUACCCCUCACACACCUUCCCCCUGGAGGUCAUGUGUACACACUACCUCAACACAGGGGUCCUCGGUGAGGACGCUGGUCGCUGGUUUGACCGGCUCUCGGAGUUGGACCCUGGCAGUGGCCUGGGCCACCUGGGAGUGGGAAUCAGAGCUCUGGAGGAGGGCAAGUGUGAGGACGCCGUCAAGAAUCUGGCCCAAGGGCUGAAGAAGAUGCGCUCCUGCACAGUAGGAUGGCACAGGCUGGCACAGGCCCAGCUCCGAAUGCACCGCUACUCUGACUGCGCUGCGUCCUGCCUCCAAGGGCUGAGCGGGGCUGGGCAGGAGGCGGUGAGGCCGAAGCUGCUGAGGCUGAGGCUGGAAGCCCUGGUGGGGAGCGGGGAGAAGCGGGCAGGAGAGCAGGCUCUGGAGACCCUCACCCAGCUCCCGGAUGCUGAGAGUGACCCCGUCCUGGUGGCGUUGAAAGGCAGAGUGUAUCUGCAAACAGACCAAGUGGAUCAGGCGCUUCAGGUGUCCUCUGAGUUGCUGGCCUCCAACCCUGACCUGGCUCAGGGCUUAGCUCUGAGGGGACUGGCUCAACUGGCCCAGGACCAACACCAUCUGGCAGAGCAGAGCUUCCUGCAGGCAGUGAGCCAGAGGCCAGACUGUGGGGAAUACUACUUCCUGUUGGGGCGGCUCUACUGGGACAUGGGGGAGGAGACCCGCAAGGACAGGAGCAAGGCCCACACCCACUUGCUUAAGGCGGCGAAGCUGGACCCGUACCUGGGCUGCGUGUUCCGGUACCUGGGCCACUACUACCGAGAGGUAGCCAGGGACCAAGGCAGGGCCAGAGGCUGCUACAAGAAGGCCUUUGAGAUGGAAGCGGGCGAUGUGGAGUCGGGGGCCGCCUCGGUGGACCUUAGUAUGGAGCAGGGAGACAUGGACACAGCCCUAGCGGUGCUCCAGUCCGUGAUAGAGAAGGCCAGUCCUGGCUCUGCUAAGUGGGCCUGGAUGAGGCGAGGGCUCUACCACCUGAAGGUCGGCCAGCACCCCCAAGCUGUCUCAGACCUCCAGGCAACCCUGAGGGCAGACCCCCAGGACUGGGUGUGUUGGGAGUGCCUGGGCGAGGCCUACCUGCACCGCCGCAGCUUCUCGGCCGCCCUCAAGGCCUUCGCCAGGGCCCUGCAGCUCCAGCCCUCCUCCAUCUACAGCCUCUACCAGACCGCCGCCAUCAAGCAGACCCUGGGCAAUUUCAAGGAGGCGGCCGCAGAGUACUCGCAGAUCGUGUCGCGGGAGGACUAUGUACCCGCGCUCAAAGGUCUAGGCGAGUGCCUGCUGUCCUUGUCUAAAGGCUUGAUGGAGGACUACAGGGAUGGAGGGGCCAUCGACCUCAUCCAGAAGGCCAUCCUUCACCUCUUCAAGGCUGUGCAGCUUCGCCCAGACCUGUCGUGUCUGUGGAAGAUACUGGGGGACGUCUGCACCACGGUCAGCGCUGUCUCUCUCAACCGGGCUCACGUCCUGGUACCAGGCCCCCUGGCCGGGCUGCAGCCAGCAGACCAGAACCACCCCCUCGACCAGGCCCAGACCCUCCGAGUCGGGGAGAGGUGUUACGGGCGGGCCCUGAAGCUGAUGGCCGAGGCCCCCAGCCUGUGGUACGACCUGGGGCUCAACUACCACCAGCAAGCCCGCCUGCUCUGCUCCACACAGGGGGAGGAGGAGGACCCGAGCUCCCUGUCUCUCCUCCUGGAAAAGGCCCAGCAGUGUGUGAAAAAGGCAGUCAUGUUGGACAGUGGUAACCAUAGCUACUGGAACGCCCUCGGAGUGGUCGCCAUGAGCAAAGGACUUGAGAACUUUGCUCUCGCUCAGCACUGCUUCAUAAAGUCCAUACAAGUGGAGUCCAGUAAUGUUGUCGCAUGGACAAACCUGGGUGUGUUAUAUCUGAAGAAGGACAACAUUGAGCUCUCCCACGAGGCGUUCAAGAUCGCCCAGUCUCUGGAGCCUCUCUAUGUCCGCUGCUGGAUCGGACAGGCCCUGAUAGCAGAGCGAGUGGGCAGCUGCGACACCAUGGACCUGUUCAGACACACCACAGAGCUGGGCACACACACGGAGGGGGUGAAGGGCUAUGCCUACUGGGUGUGCGCCACCCUGCUGGACAAGACCAACCGAGACACGGAGCUGUACCGCUACAACAUCGUCCAGAUGAACGCUGUGUCUGCAGCACACGUGUCCCUCAGCAAAUACACAGAGAGGAUCCAGACCGAUCCGGAUGCCUUCAUCAUGCUGGGCUACCUCAACGAGCGCCUGCAGCUGAAGACCCAAGCCCUCCAGGCCUACCAGAGGGCUGUGGAGCUGCUUCAGACCCCGUCCUGUGAGGAGAAGCUGGCCUUCGCUCUGGGCAGCUACGGACGAGCCCUCUGUGCCACAGGCCAGUGGGAGGACGCGGUCCGCGUUUACUCAUCCACACCCCUAGAGGAGCUGCAGGACCUGGCAGGCCUGGCCCUGGCCUACUGCAGGGCCGGAAUCACUCCAGACAGCAUCAACGCCUACGAGCGGGCCCUGGCGUCGGCCUCCAGCGAGAAGGACAAGGCUUACGUCCUCACGUCCCUGGCUCUGCUGCAGCACAGGCUCGGACACUCGGACGCCGCCAAGACGCUGCUCUUCAAAUGCUCCAUGCUGAAGGAGCCCAUCCCAGAGUCCCUGCUGUGUCUGUGCGCGCUGGGCCUGGUCCAGGGCGACGCCACGCUAGCCGGCGCGGCCCUCAACGAGCUGCUGAAGCAGGGCCGGGCCACCGGGGGCGCCGUGGAGGACCGCUGCCUGCUCACUUGCGCCCUGCUGGCCCUGCAGGGGAACUACAGCGCCGUGCAGAGAGAGGCCUCCAGAGCUGUCCACAGUAAUCCUGGAGAUCCUUCUCUGUGGGCUCUGCUCUCCAGGCUGGUGCCACAGUACUAUCCGAGAAAGGCCAAGGGAGGUGCGAUGGCAGGCCACGUCGCUUGUCUCUCCAGUAUGACCCAGGGCAAGAGGGCGCUGUUGUACAGUGGCGUGAACCAGCUGGCGUGUGGAAGACACUCGGGUGAAGACCCCAGCAGGAACCCCCUGAAGACCCUGCAGAGAGCUGUGCUGCUCUGUCCUGAUGACCCUGCGGCCUGGGCGGGGCUAAUGGCUGCCUGUCACACUGAAAACGCCACCUGCGCCCUGUCUGGCUCCGCCCCAGGGAGACGGGGAUUGGAGCAGAUCCUGAUGGGGGUGGUGUCCGAGAAAGUGCGCUGUGUGGAGGAGGGCGACCGGCCCCUGGCCCAAGCCCUCGAGGGCUGGGUGUUGCAGCAGGCCGUAACAGGACUCACCCUGGGGGGGGAACUGGACCAGGCCGAGACCCUCUGCUCCCAGGUCCUGACUGUGUCUCCAGAGCAGCCGGCUGUGCUCCUGCUGCUCAGGCAGGUGCAGUGUGAGCGCCUCCUCUUGGCCAGCGCCGGUACUGCCCCUCCUGCCGCCCUGCCAGACGCGGUGCUGGAGCAACUCAGCAGUGCUGUCCUGGCCAACCACACGUCUGCUGCAGCCUGGCACUGGCUGGCGGAGGUGUACCGCAGCCAGGGCCUGCUCGUCCAGGCCGUCGUGGCCUACAGGCAGAGCCUGCAGCUGGCCUCUCAGCUGGGCCUGCUCAGCGCCCAGGUGGCCAGCCUCCUGCGCCUGGCUCUGCUAGCCCUGGGCCCCUACAUGGCGGGCGUCCCCGGUAGCGACUGGAAGGACCUGGUGAUGGAGGCCACCGCCGAGGUACUGAAGCUCGGCCCCUCCCCCGUCGCCAUCCUCAUACAGGCUCUGCUGCAGUUCUCCACCAAGAUGGCCGCCAGGGAGACCAGACGGCUCCUGGAGAGGGUGGUGUACGACCCCUCCCGCAGCUCCCCUCACACGGUGCAGUCUGUGGCCCGCUGGUAUCUCCUCAGGCACCUCCACGCCAAGGACGACCUGGAGCUGAUGGACACCCUCCUGGACCAAGCCAGAGCCUGCGGAGACGGGAGGCUUCAGGAGUUCCACACUCUGCUCACCACCUCCUCCUCCAACUCUUGCUGAGCUUCCUUUGCGGACACCCCGCCCCCCCCUUAACCCCGCCCCCCCCUUAACCCCGCCCCCAGCUUGGACAUGGCAGAAUCCGUGUGGCCCUGCUGAAAACCAGGAACAACACAUGAACUGAAAUCAAGCAUCUCUGAAUUCCUCGUCCCUCUGCUUGUCUGAAUGAUUCGCUGCGGCUCUGUGAUUUCUGAAAAAAAGGUAUGCAUAGGGAGUCAUCCAUAGAAUGUGUGGCUCUGUCACGAGAAUAAGCACUUAGACGCUCGCUUUCCUAAUCCACGGUAGAACAGAGUCCCAAACCAUUGACUGUGGGUGUAUAAUGAUGCCCAUUCAUUGUCCACAUUAUCUUAUCAUGUAUGUGCAAUCCAGCUGGCCUGUCACAGAUAGCCAUUCCCAAUAAUCCUGUCGCCGUAAUCGUGUUGGUGGAAGAUGUGAUAGCACACUGUGCCCACCGGUGGAAUCGGAACAACAAGCGUGGUCUGAAUGGGCGUUAAUUGUGCCUGCGUAGUUGUUAUGUCUAUGCUUCGCCAAACCACAUCAGUCCUUCCCAGGCUGGUCUUCACAUCUGCCUUCAGACGUUUCGAAAUAUGAACUUAAGGAUGGUUUUCAUUUGCCGCCUAACACAGGCUGUCGACGCGGAAAGCGGUACCCGUGUUUGUCCAAAAGCCUUCACCACAAGCUGUGUGCGCGAGUCGGCACCUGGCCACUCGCAGGGAGAUGAGAAGGAUUCUGGAAAGACCAUGUGUCCUCUCACAGCGGCCGGUCUAUUGUGCAGCCGUCAGUUGGAACGGCCAGAUCCGUAUCACACGUUUGAUUUAAUCGGAGAUGGAUUGCUCGGUGAUGUCUGAAAUAUAUCGCUGUGAAAAUAAUUCGUCGAAACGGCCAUCAACAACGACUUUAUUCAUUUAAUUGUGAUUAAAAAAAAGGGGUUUUGCCAACAGCAACCAAGAUUGUGCUUUUUUUUCUAA